AUGAGAAGCUUCUACUUCGACACACUUGAUUUAAGCAUAGCUGAAAGUACUGGAGAGAGAGAGAGAGAGAGAGAAAUGAUGGAGGUGGAGAAGGUGAGUUCUUCAGGGAAGAGUGACGACAAAGAUAAUGAAGUUACGCUUCCAGGGUUUCGAUUUCAUCCAACAGAUGAAGAGCUUAUUGGGUUUUAUUUGCGGCGAAAGGUGGAGAAGAAACCAAUCAGAAUUGAACUCAUCAAGCAAGUUGAUAUCUACAAAUACGAUCCAUGGGAUCUUCCAAAAGUUAGCACCCUCGGAGAUAAGGAGUUAUAUUUCUUUUGCAUAAGAGGGAGGAAGUAUAGGAACAGCGUAAGACCUAACAGAGUCACAGGGUCUGGAUUUUGGAAAGCCACAGGCAUUGACAAGCCAAUAUAUUCAGUCCAAGAACCUCAUCAAAGCAUCGGCCUCAAGAAGUCCUUAGUCUACUACUGUGGAAGUGCUGGUAAAGGCACAAAAACUGAUUGGAUGAUGCAUGAGUUUCGCCUUCCACCAGAUGCAAACAUUGCUCAAGAAGCUGAAGUUUGGACGCUUUGUCGAAUAUUCAAACGUAUCCCAUCCUAUAAAAAGUAUGCCCCCAAUUGGAAAGAAACCGCCAGCAAACUGAAUCCAACUGAUUCAAGUUCUAAAACAUGCAGUUUGGAAUCUGACAACAUAAGCUUUGAAGACCUAGUCAUCCAACAAAAUGAAAGCAAACCGUUCAUCCAACAAGUUGACCAAAGAAACCACUUUUUUGUGGGCCACUUGAACUCUGCAGCUCAAGCUCCAUUUCCAUCGUCUUACUCAAGUUUAUGGAGCCCGAGCACAGAUGAUUUCUUUACAAAUGGAAACUGGGAUGAGCUAAGAUCAGUGGUUCAGGUAGCUGUUGAUCCAUCCCAAGUUUAUGAGUGUAGAUAAAUAAAUGUGGAGGGCAUGCAUUAACGUGACUUGUUUUUAUUUAAUUUCCUUUUUUGUUUUUGGUUGGUUAGCAUUAGUUACUAAAUUAUGUUUGGUGAUAGCUAGGUUACACUUUGUGAUGACAAUACUUUCCCAACAUUGAUAUAUAUUUGUUUAACAUUUCUUAUCA